GGUCUGGGGCAGCGCGGUCCAGGCCGAGGUGGCGGCGCCCGCAGAUCCACAUCCAGGCGGGAGGCCGAGACCCGAGGGAGCUACCCCAAGGCAACUGUGUCUUUGAGAGGCCACUGCAGAAAAUACCAGUAAGGACGAAGAACCCCAAAGAAUUGAAAACAGGUGUGGUGUUGCAGUCCCAGCUACUCAGGAAGCCGAAGCAGAAGGAUCGCUUGAGUCCAGGAGUUCAAGAUGCUGCCCAUCACCGACCAACUCCUGCAGCUCCUGGGGCUGGAGAGGACCGCGUUCCGCGUGUACGCCGUCUCCGCGCUCCUGCUCUCCGGCCUCUUCUUCCUCUUCCGCCUGCUGCUGCAGCUCUGGCGCCUCUGCUGGGGCUUCUACGUCACCUGCCGCCGGCUGCGCUGCUUCCCCCAGCCGCCGCGGCGCAACUGGCUGCUGGGCCACCUGGGUAUGUACCUUCCAAACGAGACCGGCCUUCAGGAUGAGAAGAAGGUGUUGGACAGCAUGCACCAUGUGGUCCUGGUGUGGAUCGGCCCCGUCCUGCCGCUCUUGGUUCUGGUGCACCCUGAUUACAUCAAGCCCCUGGUGGGCGCCUCAGCUGCCAUUGCUCCCAAGGACGACCUUUUCUAUAGCUUCCUGAAACCUUGGCUAGGGGACGGGCUUCUGCUCAGCAAAGGCGACAAGUGGAGCCGUCACCGCCGCCUGCUGACGCCUGCCUUCCACUUCGACAUCCUGAAGCCCUACAUGAAGAUCUUCAACCAGUGCACCAACAUCAUGCACGCUAAAUGGCGGAGGACUCUGGCAGAAGGCUCCGUGGCCUCCUUUGACAUGUUUGAGCACAUCAGCCUCAUGACCCUGGACAGUCUUCAGAAAUGCGUGUUCAGUUACAACAGCGACUGCCAGGAGAAGAUGAGCGAUUACAUAUCGGCCAUCAUUGAGCUGAGCGCGCUGGUCGUCAGGCGCCAGUACCGCCUGCAUCACCACCUCGACUUCAUCUACUACCGCACAGCCGACGGGCGGCGCUUCCGCCAGGCCUGCGACACCGUGCACCGCUUCACCACCGAAGUCAUCCAGGAGCGGAGGCGCGCGCUGCGCCGCCAGGGGGCCGAGGCCUGGCUGAAGGCCAAGCAGGGCAAGACCUUGGACUUCAUCGAUGUGCUGCUGCUGGCCAGGGAUGAAGAUGGAAAGGAACUGUCAGAUGAGGACAUCCGAGCUGAGGCAGACACCUUCAUGUUUGAGGGUCACGACACAACAUCCAGUGGGCUCUCUUGGGUGCUGUUCAACUUGGCAAAGUACCCAGAAUACCAGGAGAAGUGCCGGGAAGAGAUCCAAGAAGUCAUGAAAGGCCGGGAGCUGGAGGAACUGGAGUGGGAUGACCUGACCCAGCUGCCAUUCACCACUAUGUGCAUCAAGGAGAGCCUGCGUCAGUUCCCACCUGUGACCCUUGUCUCCCGUCGCUGCACAGAGGACAUCAAGCUUCCAGAUGGGCGUGUCAUUCCCAAAGGAAUCAUCUGUUUGGUCAGCAUCUAUGGAACCCACCACAACCCUACCGUGUGGCCUGACUCUAAGGUGUACAACCCUUACCGCUUUGACCCAGACAAUCCCCAGCAGCGCUCUCCGCUGGCCUUUGUGCCCUUUUCUGCAGGACCCAGGAACUGCAUCGGACAGAGCUUCGCCAUGGCAGAAAUGCGCGUGGCGGUGGCGUUGACGCUGCUACGCUUCCGCCUGAGCGUGGACCGAACGCGGAAAGUGCGGAGGAAGCCCGAGCUCAUCUUGCGCACGGAGAAUGGCAUCUGGCUCAACGUGGAGCCGCUGCCUCCGCGGGCCUGAGUCCCCCGGGCUGAGGCCCAGGCCCCGCCCCUGAGGAAUCAGGCCCCGCCCCAGGUCCUGAGGUCAUAGACCACGCCCCUCGAAGUCUUGGCUCUGUGACUGGAGGAUCAGGCUCCGCCUUUGACCAACCAGUUGGUGCUGGCCAUGCCCCUCAAGGCAGGGCUCCACCCACGAGGGUCUGAUCCCGCCCCUUGAGGUCCAGGUCCCGCCCCUUGAGUUCCCGUACCUGCCCUCCUGCUAGAGGGACCAGCUUCGGCCCCGCCCCCUCGGGCUCAGGCCCAGCCCCCGGAGUAUGAUGGAUUGAGUUUCUCAGGCCACGCCCCUGCGGAUCAACGUUCCCAGGCCCCGCCCACUGAGCCUUCUGAGGACUUAAGACCUGCCUCCCCAGGCUGGCUUCUAAAUUGAGGACUUGGAAGUUGGAACCUGGGGUCAGACCCUGAACCUGGACAUCACUUUCUUAGACCCCUCCCAUCUCAUUUGGGCGGUCUGUUCAGGAGUCAUCCCAGAAAUCGGGCUGUUUUCUUGUGUUUAUUGUAAGCCCAGAUGCUUACAAGCCCCUUCCUACCUCUUUACUCAAAGGCCUUUUGCUGAGGGUUCUAAUUUUUAAAGAAUAAAAAGAAAGGUUUGCAAACAC